AUGAGUUCUGCAGAGAAAGAGGAGAAUGACAUGUUCUGUGAGAAGGCAGUGGCCCUCAUUAUUGACCUCUGUUUGGAUGACAGCCCCUUAUUGGAGUCCAACACCUGUGAGGAGUUCAUCACUCUGCUGGCCCAUGCCAACCAGAGCCCUAACCAUAGAGGCGCAGACAUCUCCUUCAGCCUCCUGCUAUUGGUGUUCGUGACAUGCGGCCUUUCUCUGCUGGGGGUCAUCACCUUUGCCUCCUGGAAGCUCUGCUGGGUGCCCUGGCGCAGAAAGGACCUUUCUUCUAGUGCCACUCCUCUGACCCUUGCUGGGCCCUCCACCCACAGACACUUUGAGAGAACAUUUCCCUCGCACACGCACGCACUCAUACACACACACAGCAUGGCCUCAGACAAGCUGAAGGACCCAGAAAGUUUCCUGGAGGCAGCCGUGAAGAUCAGCCACACAUCUCCUGACAUCCCUGCGGAGGUGCAGCUGUCCAUGAAGGACCACUUUCUGCGCCGUACACGCAUGGCCAGGCAGACCACUGAGCCUGCCUCCUCUACCAGGCAUAGCUCCUUUAAAAAGCAUCUUCCCAGACAAAUGCACCAUGUCACAAGCCUGGACCGAGGCAAUGACUUCCCCUGUACAGAGGACCAUGCCUCUAGCCUUGGUCGCAUCCAACCUGAGCUCUAUAAACAGAGUCCCCUGGAGGCAGACGAGUCCUCCAAAAACAACACUGGCAAGAUUUGUGGCAAGAUCAACUUCUCCCUCAAGUAUGAUUAUGAGAGUGAGGCCCUCUUGGUCAACAUUCUUAAGGCCUUUGACUUGCCUGCUAAGGACUUUUGUGGCAGCUCUGACCCUUACGUCAAGAUUUACCUCCUGCCAGAUCGGAAGCGAAAGUUCCAGACAAGGGUCCACCGCAAAACUCUCAACCCCACAUUUGAUGAGUCCUUCCAGUUUUCAGUUCCCUAUGAGGAGCUGGGCAGCAGGAAACUCCAUUUGAGCAUCUUUGACUUUGACCGCUUCUCCCGUCACGACAUGAUUGGUGAGGUGAUUCUAGAGAAUCUGUUUGAGAUGUCGGACCUUUCCAGAGAGACGGCCAUCUGGAAAGACAUUCAAUACGCCACCUCUGAGAGUGUCGACUUGGGGGAGAUCAUGUUCUCUCUCUGUUACCUGCCAACUGCUGGCAGGCUAACCAUGACCGUUAUAAAGUGUAGAAAUCUCAAGGCCAUGGACAUCACUGGAUACUCAGACCCCUAUGUCAAGGUAUCCCUUGUUUGUGAUGGAAGACGUUUAAAAAAGAAGAAAACCACCAUCAAGAGGAACACCCUUAACCCCACCUAUAACGAGGCAAUCAUCUUUGACAUCCCACCGGAAAACAUGGACCAAAUCUGCCUCCACAUAUCCGUCAUGGACUAUGAUCUGGUGGGUCACAAUGAGAUCAUAGGUGUAAACCGAGUGGGGAGUCAUGCAGAGGGGCUGGGUAGAGAUCACUGGAACGAGAUGCUGGCCUAUCCUCGCAAACCUAUUGCUCACUGGCACCCGCUAGUGGAGGCCAGGAAGUCUGAAAAGGAGUGGAAAACCCGCACUGCAAGUUUUGACAGCCAAGGCUCCUGCCCCUCCCCAAGACUCCUGUCCAGCCCAUGAAAGAGUCACCAGAAACCAAUAAUGUUUUUAAACCACAAGUCAUCUGUGCCUCAGAAUAGGUUAAUCAGUCCUCUAUGGAGUUACAGUCUCAGUCUGGACAUUAGACACAUAAUGUCUCCCUUCAUAGAAAACGUCUGCUACAAGAAUCAUUCUAUGUCACUGAGUUUUGAAAUGUUGUUUAGGUAUGUCACCUGGGGGUCUGUUAAAAUGUGUUAAAUGGAUCUAUUGUUUGAGCCAAUACAGUAGUUUCGUGAACAUGCAUUGCUGAACUAGUUACCAGUCAAGCUGCUGUUAAGAUCAAGUUGCCUUUGUGUGCCCUGAUGUUUGGGUUUUGAGAUAUCUAUAUAUCUAAAGCUUCAAACUGGAUAUUAGGACAUACAUGCUUUUGACCACAUAUUU